AAGGGUGAGCUUAUUGGAACAUCCUUCCACGUCGCAUGCACACAGUAUACGUACGGCAACAUCCAUCGCCAUUCAACAGUGACAAAGACGAGAUAUAAUUCUUGAAUUGAUCGCCACUGACUCUGGAAUGAUCGUCACUGUUUUUACUCCAAUGGCAACAAACUCAACGUCAAUUCGCGCAGCUUCCGCAAUGAUGUUAGCGUCGGCCAAGAAAGCACCUUGAUGGUAGGAAGCGCGAAGAUGAGAACUCAGCGUCCCCGGAACACAAGCUUUUGCACUUAAUAGGCCUGUCACUGAACCGUUUGCCCGGUACACCACGUUCUCUACCGUCACGCAGCCUGGUGAUACAAUUUGACCGUUGUAAGACCAACGUUGUUGUACCGACCUCCACCGUCAUGGCAUCAGCGACCAGCCCAGGGCAGGACGCCACGAGCGCUUUUAACCCACAGAGCGUCGACCUCACCAAUGCCGAUCCUGCGGAGGUGGUAUGCUACCUGGAAGCGUCAGGAAACGAGUACAAUGGCCAGCUCGGUGCUCGUAUUUCGGCGCUGUUCGUCAUUCUCGUUGUAUCCUCGGCCGUGACCUUCUUCCCAGUCCUCGCAACAAGGACGACAAAGUUCAAAGUCCCAUUAUACGUCUACUUGUUCGCUAGAUACUUCGGUGCCGGUGUCAUCGUGGCCACGGCCUUCAUUCAUCUUCUCGAUCCCGCAUACAGUGAGAUUGGACCCAACACCUGCGUCGGCAUGACGGGUGGAUGGGCGGAAUACGCAUGGCCGCCUGCGAUUGCGCUCUUUUCGUGCGUGUGUGUCUUCCUCAUGGACUUCGGCGCCGAGCGAUACGUGGAGAAGAGAUACGGUCUUCCGCACGGCCAACAGGCCGAAGAGACCGACCAAGCCCGCAUGCGACAGCGCUCUGGCUCCGUGGACUUCGCAGCGCUUCAGUACGAAAUGUCGCGGCGUAAGUCUUCCGUCCCCAAUGGCCACUCGCAUCAGGCCAUGCACUCGGGUGACCAGGACGGAACAGCACCUUUUGGUAACACUAUGCAACCGAAGUCCGCAGGGCCGAAUAACACCGAUAUCGAGAGUAUCGAUACCGAGAAGGAGCAUAUCAUCGAGACGGCCUUCCAGCAACAAAUUGCAGCGUUCUUGAUCCUUGAGUUUGGUGUCAUCUUCCACAGUGUCAUCAUCGGCUUGACGCUGAGCACGGCAGGCGAUGAGUUCACCGUUCUAUACCCAGUUAUUGUUUUCCACCAGUCGUUCGAAGGUCUCGGUCUCGGUGCGCGUUUGUCGGCCAUUCCAUUUCCCAAGCGCUUGCAAUGGUUGCCGUGGUGGCUCUGCGCCGGCUACGGACUCACCACGCCCAUCGCUAUUGCAAUCGGGCUCGGUGUGCGUACGACAUACAAUGCUGGCAGUUUCACGGCCAAUAUCGUCUCUGGUGUUCUUGACGCGACUUCGGCCGGCAUUCUGAUCUACACCGGUCUGGUUGAGCUGCUCGCAAGAGAUUUCCUGUUUAAUCCUGACCGUACCCAUGACGACAGGCAGCUUGCCUUCAUGGUAGUUAGUGUGUUGCUCGGUGCGGGCAUCAUGGCGCUCUUGGGCAAAUGGGCCUAAGUGGGAGGUUCGAGGCUUCCGCUUGCUAUCGCAUUCCUGUACCAUGCCUUCGGUGUGGCAGCUGCCUCCCGCAUGUUGCGGGCUAUCGGACGCAUACUUUGAGAGUUCUCCGCGAUAGACAUACAACGCACGCCCUUGGUGUAGUAGAUGAUUGGCAAAGUUGGAAGGAUUGGUGCGGCUGCAGCUCAGCGAAGCGUACGACGACCUUUGGUCAGAUACGCAGGGGCUGCGAGCGUUUGGAAAGUGACCAUCUGUAUGUCUACCGUCAGCGGCGUAACUAUAUGUACAUACUCCAAUGACA